CUUGGCCUUGGGUGGUAUUGAUAAAAGAUUUAAUUCGCCCGAGGACGUAUUUACUAUGGCACAAAAGCCUGUACCCACUAAAUGAAGUCAAAACGACAUUGGAUGGUACUUUCUGAGGCGCUGCGCCGCCGCGAGGCGCCGGUCGGCAGCCGCUCUGUGGUACGCCAGUUCCAGAGCCUGGGCGUGUUCGACGUGAGCGGCGCCGACGCCGACGCCGACGGGCCGUGGAUGACGUACCGGCUGCCGGGCGGCGCCGGGCCGGGCCUGCAGAUCAGACACGUUGAGCGCCGGCUCAGUGCCUCCGACCUGGUCGGCUUUAACAACACGGGAAACGUGUGCGUGUGGCCCUCGGAGGAGGUACUGACGGUGCUCUGUAUGUGUAUGUGUAUUGUGUAUGUGUGUUGUGUAUGUGUAUUGUGCAUGUGUAUUGUGUGCGCCGCUGCUGGCAGGCGUGUGGCCCUCGGAGGAGGUACUGACGGUGCUCUGUAUGUGUAUGUGUAUGUGUAUUGUGUAUGUGUAUUGUGUGCGCCGCUGCUGGCAGGCGUGUGGCCCUCGGAGGAGGUACUGACGGUGCUCUGUAUGUGUAUGUGUAUUGUGUAUGUGUAUGUGUAUUGUGUAUUGUGUGCGCCGCUGCUGGCAGGCGUGUGGCCCUCGGAGGAGGUACUGACGGUGCUCUGCGCCGCCCGCCCGCACCUCUUCGACGACAAACUGGUGCUGGAGGUGGGCGGCGGCAUGACGUGCCUGGCCGGCCUGACGGUGGCGGCCAAUACGGCGGCGCGGCGCGUCCUGCUCACGGACGGCAACGAGACGGCUGUGCAGAACGUGCGCUGCAUCUGCGAGCGCAACCGGGCGCUGUUCGGCGCCACCGCCGUGGACGUCAGCCGGCUCCGCUGGACCGACCCGGCCGACGUGGCGGCGCUCCAGGACCAGUGUGACGUCAUCCUGUCUGCCGACUGGUCAGUAGCCCGGCGACCUCAGUGUGACGUCAUCCUGUCUGCCGACUGCCUGUUUUUCGACGACGCGCGUGAUUCUCUGGCUGAUUUCAUAGUGGCUGUGCUCAGGCCCGGGGGCGUGGCGCUGGUGGUGGCGCCGCCUCGCAGCGGCACGCUGGACCGGUUCGCGCUGGAGGCGCUGCGCUCGGGCCUGCUCGUCAGCCGAAUGGAGCAGUACGGCCCCUUCCUGGACUCGCUGAUACAGUCGCACCGCUCCGACCCGACCUUUGACCCGAACCUGCACCUGCCCGUGCUGCUGGAGCUGACCAAGCCUCUGCGCGGGGCCUGCUGACGACGCCGCCCGGGCGCCGGGCACGGAGGGCCGCAGCGAGGCUAGCGGAUGUGGGGGAGCGCUGGCUGGAUUGGCUAGGAGCCGGUGUUUGCACAGUGAUGGAGAGGUCAGAUGGCGCUGGUAGCGGGAUCCGACAGGUAGCGGGCGGCGGCGGUUCAGGCAGCGCUGGCGGCCCGCCCGGCCCACCGGCAGUUCAGGCAGCGCCGGCAGCUGGCGGCUCACCCGGCAGCUCUGAGCCGGUCAGCUGGCGGCCCGCCCGUCCCACCGGCCGUCAGCAGCGCCGGCAGCUGUGAGUCGUUGCCCCAGCAGCGGCCGCCAGGAGAUCGCUGAUAGUCGCGUAACAGCACAUGGAAACGGCUCGAUGGAAUAGAAAUCAGGUGGAAUGAACAGGCUGUUGAUGAAGCAACGAACCAGAUGUCUGAACCUGUUCAGCCCGUCUGUUCUGUGCACGCAUUGACGGUCGUCGGAACUGCCGCGCCCUAGCCUCGCCUUGCCGUGUACCUUUUUAUUUCGUAGAAUAGCUAGAACUAGCAAAUUGGACGUCUUCGCCCUUAACAUACAGCACCUAGUAAGCUAGUGAAAUACGGAUUUGCUGAUUCACUGAAGACUCUUCAGAACACUGAGCCAAAGAUGUCAGCCACUCAGUUUACCGUUAUGUGGUGAUAGUCGAGGGCUGGGUUUCGUCUAUGAUCUGUUGGUUGUGUUAUCCCUAGUCGCUCGGCGGCUGUGCCGGUUGAUGUGUUCGCGCUGUUUCCCGCCCGUGUCGCCGGCUCGCCGCGGCUCCCCAGUGCACCGUUCCUCAGUGUGUGCGCUCACCUACCUCACACACGGGGAGGGCGGCGUCUGAGCAACGGCCCGCGCUCCGGCUACCAAAGCACACGCUCAGCUAAACAUUCCUCCCAGCGCCUCGGCACAGCACGGGAGCUGAUGAACUGCAGAGCUUUCAGGGCGGCGAGCGCAGGCCGUGGAGCGCUGCGACAGCUGCUCAGAGAUAGAGGUCCACCCCUAGUCUCAGCAGGGUAGAGUCAGUGAUAGAGGUCCAUACUUAGUCGCAGCAGGGUAGGGCUAGUGCCGGAGGUCCACCCUAGUCGCAGCAGGGUAGAGUCAGCGCCGGAGGUCCGGCCGUAGUCGCAGAGCAGGGUAGAGUUAGAGGCCAGGUUGUCACUGGUGAUGCAGCGCGUGCUGUACGCGGCGCAGUAUUUUGGCCAGGGUGAGUCCAUGCGGCGCAGUAUUUUGACCGGGGUGAGUCGGUGCGGCGCGGUAUUUUGACCGGGGUGAGUCGGUGCGGCGCGGGUGUGUUGGCCGGGGCUCGGUCCGUGCGGCGCGGUGUGUUGGCCGGGGUGAGUCGGUGCGGCGCGGUGUGUUGGCCGGGGUGAGUCGGUGCGGCGCGGUGUGUCGAUGAUUGGUGUUUGUGAUCGGUCUCUCACCCGGGUGGCCGGGUGCGGGCCGGUGGACAGCGGACUGGUCCAGGAGGUGGGCCGGUGCGCGUCCUGUGCGCGGCGGCUCGGAGACUGUGUGUGACCCGACCGGGACAGGUCGCGCCAGCUGACCGUGACAGGUCGCGCCAGCUGACGGUGACAGGUCGCCCCAGCUGGUCCGAAAACGAACUGGAUGGUGGCCUGACUUGGAAAACUGCCAUAGGCGAAUGUAGCUUGCUUCAUCCUUAGCUCAGCGACCUCGCGGAACAAUUUUCGUUUGAGCGUCUUCAAAUGGCAUAUCAGCAUUGUUUCGUUGAUACUCAGGUGUGUUCCAUUUGUUGGUUAUGCGGUGUAAAACUAAACUUGUAUGCACUUGACGGGUUUCGUUGAAGAAUUAGUUCUUUGCUCGGUGUUUGAUGUUGGGCAUUGUCUCCGUUAUUGGAAUGUUUGUCAGUGGCCGAUGUUUUGUAUGUUUGGUUGCUGAACAUGCUGUCUAUGUUC